AUUGAGGAUAGAUAUGUCUUAAAAAGUAUCGGUCCAGAUGGGAUCUGGAAGUCAUCAGAUCUGGGUCCCGUAGUUUUCCCCACAUGUCACAGCCGUUCAAUCUCACAGAUCUGAAUCGGUAGAGAUGUUUAAAUUUCAAAACCCUAGUAAUCGACCGUUGGAGAGAUAUGUACCCACCCCUCAUUUUGAGUGUGAACUUUCAAUAAACAAACCAACAAAGGAGGUUUUUUGCUCACGUACAGACUUCAUAUCCUUUACUCUAUGGACAGCUGAAACUUUUCAUAGACCCAAAUCCCAAUUUUGGCUUUUUUGAUAGGAGAAGCUGUGAAAGCAAUGCUUGUGAGGCGCCAUGGAUGGCAACGUCCUCUCCACUCUUUACAGAUUGUGGGGAUGGUGGUAUACUGUUUUCUGGUGGUAGUAUUUUACACAUUUCUUGGGCUUUUAUUGGGGAAUAGAGCUGCUGAAAUCACCGUCACCACUAUCUAUUCCUUUGUGGCACUUUCAGUUAUGUUACUAUUUAUUAGAUGCACUGCCAUUGACCCGACAGAUAAGACCAGAUUUCGAAAGAAGAGAAGAGGGAAAUCUAGUGGGUUUGCGAAGCUGAAUUAUGGGUUCAUAUUUAGUCAGAUAAUUAUGAGGUUUUUUAGGAGGGUGGAGAGGAAAAUUCUAAGGACUUUCAUAAGGAGGACGUAUUUGGAUCAAUGGAAGACCGGGCCUCAAAUGGAGCACUUGCUGCCAUUCCCUUUUGUUGUGAAGGAUGAGGCGGUUUCACCUGACCCCAAAGAGGAUGACAUCUCCUUUUGCUCGCUAUGCGAUUUUGAGGUGAAGAAACACAGUAAACAUUGUAGAACUUGCAACCGUUGCGUUGAAGGGUUUGAUCACCACUGCAGGUGGUUAAAUAAUUGUGUUGGCAAAAGGAAUUACACUACAUUCAUUCUUCUAAUGAUAUCAGUGCUGUUAUUGCUAAUCAUGGAAGGAGGAACUGCCAUUGCCAUUUUUGUCAGGUGCUUUGCAGAUAAAAAAGGACUAGAGGAGGAGCUGAAGAGGAGGUUCUAUGUAGAGUUUCCUAGAGCAGUUCUUGCUACUAUAUCGGUUUUGCUGUUUCUGUUGACAACCUAUUGUUCAGCAGCAAUGGGGCAGCUAUUCUUCUUUCAUGUGGUUCUCAUAAGGAAGGGAAUGCGAACAUAUGAGUACAUCAUGGCAAUGAAAGAGGAGAAUCAACCAACGGACCUAUUCAAUGAUUCAGACUCCUCGUCAGAUGAAAGCAUGGACUUUGACUCACCUGAGAAGCCAACAUUUGUAUCCAGGUUUAUUUGCAGAGGUCGGAAACUAAAUCAGAGCCCAACAAGGUUAUCAAUAAGGAUUGAUGGAGAUCCUGAGUCCUCCACUAGAACCAAGAAAGACGGCUUCCAGUUCCAGGUGAGUAUUGACCCGUGGAAACUGAUAAACAUGAGCAGAGAUAAAGCAGUAUUAGCAGCAGAGAUGGCCAGAGAAAGGCUUAAGAAACAGAAGCCAGAGAAUGAUCCAUUGAAGCCACUACCACUCGAGACAAAGCAAGGGCCACUGAUAAACCCAGAGAACACGAUGGGCAAUACAGUGUCAGGUUCAGCACCACAUAUAAGCAAAGGGAGGAAUCCAGGGUCACCAGGAAGGUUUUCAAGUCCAAGAAGACGAUUUUCUGGCUCUGCUGGAAUGUUCUCAAGCAUUAUGCCAUCCCCAAUGCAAAAGUACAGGAGCAGUUUCGACUUGAAGCUAACAGAUGUGUCCAAGGAGCUCGAAACCUACAUUUCCAGGCAGGUUUUAUGUUCUGUAAUAAAAAAAGAUGGGAGUGAGGCAUCUCCAAGAUAGGAACUUUGGUAUGGGAUUUUACUUCUCAGCCUUUGAGAAAGAUACACUUGUUCAUCUGUAUAAUCUUAUUGAGAAUCUUUCCAAUUAAAUUUAUGAAUACAUCUUAUACUGCUUUUGCAUAUUAUUAA